CAACGGUGCGAUGACAUUUCGUCCUACGAGAGAUUUGAUUGGGCGAUUCCUGUGAUAGAGCUUUUUCAUCUGCAGAUGAUGCUUGCUACAACGAUUUUACGUACCCACUAUGGUGACAUAGGAGUGCCAGGAUCACUAGCUUUCUAUGCAUCAAUGCUAGGGAGGAAUCGUGUCACCCUUGAUGGGCCUGAUUUCUACGCAACAAAUGAACUUCUUCAACAUACGUUUGAUGCCAUGGUAAUCCGCGCGUGGGGGCUUGACCUAGGAUGCGAUUGCGUACAGGGCAUGCUCGACUAUAUUCUGCAAGAAAAACUCGAGCAGCGUAUAGACAUUGUUCUGGACAAGCUUAUGGAGCUAAGCGAACUGGAGCAGCUCAAUGGGACCGUAUCUAUGAACGCUGCUCUAUUCAUAAGGGAUAUGCUUAUAUAUAUAGAGCUAUCAUCUGCUAUCAAGGCUGGAGACACUGGGCGCAUACAUGAGAUGUUAGUAUGGGUCACUAUUUUUUGUCAGGUUGGGGGUACAAAGAACUAUGCGUAUGAGCUUUUGCGAUUACAGCGCGGUCUCAAAUACACCUGGACCGAUCAG